AUGUCGCAGCCUGCGCCCCCGCCCGCGUCCUCAAUCACCUCGAGAGAGUUCAGACCCGCAGGCGGCUUCUCACUGGCGUAUGCGAUGCACUGGCCUGCGUGUCCAAGUCUGUCCGACGUCAGGGCCGCGCGCACUUCUCACUCGCUCAAGCCUCAAGAGGACACGGAGAAUGCCAAGCGAGGGAAUGGGCCCGCGCGAGAUGGUGAGGCCAAAAUAAUGCCCUCAGGUGACACUCUUGCACGCGUUCGUGCACUCACAGUCGAUCCCGGCGCGCCUCCGGGUACAUCUGGCUUUCAAGACCGCGACGGCGAGCUGGUGACGACAACACGCGCAGCCGAUGACGACCUCUUUGCGAUCGACGACGAAGCGUCCACGUCUCCCGCAGUCGGCAUCACCAUCUCACCGUGGCUCAAGUCCCCGCCACAGCCGGGUGCGACAAUGCCAACGCUCGAGUCCUGCCAUCCUGGGUGCAGCCCGACGCGCGUGCGCCUCGCGCGGGGCGCCGCACCUACCUGGAUAUGCCGCAACCCUGAGCCGCUGCAGACCGUCCGCAAGGUCAACAUCCGCAAGCGUGGCAGCACGCCGUACCAGAUGAAGCUCCCUGGUAUGAGCGUGCGCGCAAAGGUCCGCGAUGGCUCCGUCGUUGCCAUCCAGCACGUCCUGCCCACGUGUUCCCACACGCCCGCACGCCCUCCGCCCUUGCCAGUCCUUGCGGCUGCUUCUCCGCGCCUGCAUUCCGCACUCAACCCCGCCGCGCACUCGUAUGUCUUCCAACCACGGGUCAUCGUGGGCUCCCGUGGACGCCCUGGCGGCACAGGGGUCCGCCCGCCUCCCCUCCCGGCUGCGCGCUCCGACGAGGCGCUGCACGAGUGGGCGCGCACACAUCGCGUUGGCCCCUUCCACGUCCUACGCCUUCGCCAGGGCGCCGCGCUCGCGCACCACCGCGCACACAUGCAAUGGACCGCAGCACCCAAUGCGACCCCAAGGCCGACGCCGGUGGCCAUGGCCGUGCCUCUAUCGACGCUCGUCCAGGGACGCACGCGUGUCUUGCUACGAAGCCAGCCCCACACGCCGUGCGUGGUGGUGUCUGCGUCGACACCGGCCGUUGCGCAGGAGCCGGGGGAGGAUGCAACGCCAUCGGAAGCGGAGACAGGCACGGCGCUCGGUGCAUCGCGCUCAUGGGACGAGCUCCUCGAGGACCUGCUGGACGCGACUGCGGAAUUCAGGCGUGCGCUGGCUGCUGGAUCGCCAAUUCUGGGUAGUUGGCAGCGUGACCCUGCGCAUGCGGGAGAUUCGGAGCCGGCGCAUAGGUUGAAUUGGGCGGUCUGGGAGCAACGCGUACUCCUGCCGGCGGUGCAGCUGCGCAAGUGA